UACAUUUAUCUUCUAUAAAUAAAUUAUCCAAUAUCCAAAAUUACAUGUGAAAAUAAAACAAAAAUCUAGGAUGAAACACGAACUAAUACCCAACGAGAGCAAGCGAAAUGAAACAUUUAAGAAAAAAACAGUCCGGUUAGUCAACAAAGCAAAUGAACUAUCCACCCUUUGUGGAGUCGAGGUUGCAAUAAUAAUCCACAAAAACGGGCGCCGUCUUUACGAUUUAGGACAAGACAACGCAAUGUUGUGGCCAUCCCCUCCGAUUUUCAGCGAGAGGCUGCAUAAAUUUCUCAACUAUCCAGAUUUCGUGACAAGACUAAGAAUGGAUAAGCACGAGAAGUUCAUGGAGCAAAUAACCGAAGAGGAGAGAGAAAAUGUAUCAAAAUGGGAAAGGAGAUGCGAACUCCAAGAAUCUCGGCAAUUGAUGAACGAACUGAUGAAACAAGAUCACAUAGACGAUUAUUUCCAUGAACUUGAAUUGUAUCAAUUGGAUGGGUUAAACACAUUCGUAAACGAGAUGCUAAAAGAGCUUGAGAGACAUCGUUGAAUGCGCUCGAGAAUUUGCGAAAUGAGCAAUGAUUGCCAUAUUGGAAUAUGUUGAAUCUCUGAGUUUUCAUCACAAACAUCUUGCAAUUUUUUU